AUGGAUAUUGCCCUCUCUGCCGUGACGAGCGAAAUAAUCAGCCGGUUUGCGUCUUUCCUCAUUAGCAAAUACAGAGAGCACACAUGCCUUAUCAAGAAGAAGAGGAACCUAGAAUCGCUGCGUCGGCUCCUUCUCAGGGUUCACUGCGUCGUCGAGGAGGCCGAGGGGCGAUACAUCACAAACUCAAGGAUGCUGCUGCAGCUCAGGAUGCUCAUGGAGGCUAUGUACCGGGGGUAUGAUGUCUUGAACACCUAUGGUCCCUUAGAACAGAUCAGAACACAUGUGGAGGUUAGUGGCUCUUAUACCAUGGCUUUCCCUAUCGUCAGACGUUCUGGUAGCAAGGAGGUGCAGACUGCACUGGAAACUUUGGAGGGCGCCACCACAAACAUAAACGAAUUCAUCACGCUCCUAACAGGCUGCGAACGCAUGUUUCGCAGCCCGUAUAGUUGCUACCUUUACAUGGACAACUUCAUGUUUGGCCGCCAAGUUGAGAGGCAGCAUGUCAUGAACAUCUUAUUGCAGGAUAAUGAUCCCCAUAGGGGUCUGACCGUGCUGCCGGUCAUCGGUGGUUGCAGAGUAGGCAAGAAAACUUUAGUCUGGAGCGUUUGCUCCGACGAGAGGAUCUGUUCCCGCUUCUCUUCCAUUAUCCAUGUCAAUGGAUGUGAGAUUCAAACAAUUGACCAUGACAGCUUCAGUAAUGUCAGGACUUUGGUUACCGUUGAAAUUCAGUCAGAUGUGGAUGACAAGGAAUGGUACAAGUUUCACUCACUGCUCCUGACUCGCACGGGUAAAGGAAGCAAGGUUGUGAUCAUAAGCCGGCUGGAGAAGCUAGCGAGGUUCGGAACCGUAAACCUGGUACGAAUCAAUACCUUCUCACAAGAGGAAUACAGCUACCUUUUCAAGGUCCUCGCGUUCGGUAGUUCCGACCUGGUGGACCAUCCGCACCUAGCAUUGAUAGGGAAGGAGCUAGCAACAAUGAUGAAGGGGUCACUUGUCCAUCUAAACGUGUACUCCAGCAUGCUGAGAAACAACCUGAAUGUUCCAUUCUGGAUCCGUGUCCUGAAACUGUACAGAACAAUUAUGGAGACUAAUCUAUCCACCUUCGGAGAACACCUGAGAGCUCUUCUUGACAAAGGUAGCACCGUAGACAUCACUGAGUUCUCACCCUCAUCAUCGUCGUCUCGAUUUAUGCUACUGGUCGGUGGAAAGGACUCCUCCAGAUCAGGUGAGCUCCCCAGGAUGACAUUUGGAGACUACAUAAUAGCAGGCUAUGUUGUUCUGCCAAUGAAGUUUGAGCUCGUGUGGGAGUCAAGGUUACCCCCUUACACCGUUAUCUCUGCCACUUGUGUCGCAGAGAAGCAUGAGCACUCAGCCAUACCAAGGAAGAAACGCUGUAGAUUAGAUACGUCUAUGUAGGCCAUUUAUGUGUCAGGCUGCUUCCUGAUAUAAA